UGAGCAGUGAGAAAAUAAAACUGAAAAAAUAAAAUGGCGUCAGUUCUUCAACACGUUGGUGAUCAACGCUCAAUAGUAGGCCAUGGAGAUACUAAAAAGAAGGAAAUCUACAAAUACGUGGCUCCGUGGACUGUCUAUGGAAUGAACUGGAGUGUGAGACAUGAUAAAAGAUUUAGACUGGCCGUGGGAAGCUUCAUUGAAGAUUAUAAGAAUAAAGUCCAGAUAGUGCAGCUAGACGAGGACAGAGGAGAGUUUGUAUUAAAGUCUACCUUUGAUCAUCCGUACCCUACCACCAAGAUAAUGUGGAUACCCGAUCAGGUGGGUGGUCUGCCUGAUUUAAUGGCUACCUCGGGUGAUUACCUGCGUCUAUGGAAAGUCUCAGACAAUGAUGUUCGUCAAGAGUGUAUGCUCAAUAAUAAUAAGAAUUCUGAGUUUUGUGCUCCCUUGACCUCCUUUGACUGGAAUGAGACAGAUCCCAACAUUCUAGGGGCCUCCAGUAUUGACACCACAUGCACCAUCUGGGGCCUGGAGACGGGCAAGGUGAUUGGUCGGGUGUCAGGUUACGUCAAGACACAGCUAAUUGCCCACGACAAGGAAGUACAUGAUAUUGCCUUCACUCGUGCUGGCGGAGGUCGUGACCUCUUCGCUUCAGUGGGCUCUGAUGGAUCUGUAAGAAUGUUUGAUCUAAGGAACUUGGAGCACUCGACCAUUCUAUACGAGGAUCCUAAACAGUUGCCACUCCUCAGACUCUCGUGGAACAAGCAAGACCCAAACUACCUCGCCACAUUCUCAAUGGAUAACACUGAAGUGAUAGUGUUGGAUGUACGUGUUCCUAGCAUGCCAGUUGCACGUCUGUGUAACCACAGGGCAGCUGUCAAUGGGAUCACAUGGGCUCCCCACUCGUCCUGUCAUAUCUGUACAGCCGGUGAUGACCACCAGGCCUUGAUAUGGGACAUUCAGCCGAUGCCGCAACCAAUAGAGGUGCCUAUACUAGCCUACGCUGCAGAGGGGGAGAUCAACCAAGUACAGUGGUCGUCAUCACAACCUGACUGGAUUAGUAUCUGUUACAAAGACCAUCUAGAAAUAUUACGCGUCUGAUUCGACUCUCUAGCUCAUGCAUUUCUUUUUAUUGUCUUUUUCAGUUUCCACAUUCCACUCCUCACUGUGCUAUACACAAAUAAUACAUUCUUCACGUAUCAUGUGAUGUAGCCAUCGUAUCAUGUGAUGUAGCCAUUUUGCAAUAAAUUCAUUCAUAAUGUUCACAGAAUUUUCUUAAUAAUUAUAA